CGAGAGAGUAUGAAAGAUGGCGGAUUAUUGCGGGAGAACCUAGCGGAGCUGAACAUCUUUAUGAUAGAAGAAUAGUGUGCUUUUGUGCCUGACUGCAUGCACACGUCCUUGCAUCACCAUGGCAACAAAGCGACCAGCAGAUGAAUCUCCUGCUUCCUCUAGUCAACCUCCUGCAAAGAAGCCCAUGACACAUUUUGAACAUUUUAAACUAGGUUCUAUCUAUUCUUUGGAGGAGCUUGAUAUGAAGGUCUUGGUGUUCCAAAAUAAGAAGUUUAGUGAACGGAUUGAACAGCGGAAGAAGGUUGAGAAUGAACUUCGUAAACGCAUUGAACAGCUAGAGAACCGGCAGCGUACGGAUGAUGCUGUUCUUAUGAUUGUCAACAGAUACUGGAAUCAGCUGGAUGAGGACGUUCGAGUUUUGCUUCAGCGUUUCGAUGCCGAAACAGCAGAUGAAAAUGAAAAUAAGAAUGAAAGCAACGAGACAACAUCAUUUUUAACGAUGCUGUCAACAUGGGACAAGCAGGAACUUGAGCAGCGUUUGGGACAGCGGGUGGAAUUUUCUAAACGUGCUAUUGGCAAGCUGCUACAAGCAUUUGAUCGCCUUCUGCAGCGCAAUGAGAAAAUGCAUCAAGCAGUCACUGACAAGGCGACACGAGAGGCUCAGGAACUACUGGAUGCAUCAGUCAAACCAGCUGAUGGGGAAUCUGCUACCAAUGGUGAAGGAGAGGGAGAGACAACUAAAAAACAGGAAGGAGAAACAGAAGCAGAAACAAAGGAAGAAAGGGAGAAAGAGGAGGACGACAGCGAAAAAAAGAAAGAGAAGGAAAGUGAUGGGGAGGAAACCAAAGAGAAUUUAGCAGAGCUUGUGAAAGGGGAGAUGAGUGACCUGCGGCAGGAAAAUCGCCGGAUGCACAACCUCGUCACUCAGCUGCAUCGGCGCCACCAUGAACACACUCUCAUGAUCUCUGAGCUGCAGGACAAGGUGACUGUAGCAGAGACGGAGAGUGCAGAGCUGAAGAACAAAGUGGAGGACAUGGAAUAUGAAGCAGAAAAGGCUGAACAAAAGAUUGACCGUUUAGAGCGGACUUUGACAGAGACCAACAACAAACUGCAAUAUUACACAGACACUGGUGCAACAAUCACUUUAGAAGGGGGCAAGACUGUUGGAGGACUGUCACGGGCCAGACUAGAUGAAAUCCUGUCCGAUCUGGAGGAGCACAAGGAGCUGUCGUCCAACCGCCUCAUGGAACUUGAGAAACUCACAGCAGAACACCAGGAGGCACUGAAGGAGAUUGAGAAGCUGAAGAUGGACCUUCAACAUUUACCUGAAAGUGUUAUUCUGGAGACAACAGAGUACAAGUGCCUACAGUCCCAAUUCUCUGUGCUGUACAAUGAGAGCAUGCUUAUACGCAACCAACUGGAGGAGGCCCGAAAUCAACUGCAGCUGAACAAGAACACACACCUUCGACAGAUCGAACAAAUGGAGAUUGAUGAGUUGGAAGGACAGAAACGUUUGCGUACUGAGAUGAUUCAGGCUGAAGACAAUCUGGCCCAAAUGCGCAAGGAAUAUGAAAUGCUACGCAUUGAUUUUGAACAAGCCAUGGCCGCCAAUGACCAGAAUGUUACUAUUAACCGUGAAAUGAGGAACCUUAUUCAAAGUCUUCAAAACCACAACCAACAAUUACGAGUGGAGUCGCAGAGAUACAAGCGAAGACUACGAGAGACACAAGCAGAAAUGGCUAAACUACGUCAGGAGUGUGGUGCCUCUGGCUCGGUCCUACCUGGCAUGCCAGGCACCCUCGGUGCUUCGACUGGGGGUAGCACAGGAGUGUCGGGUGACAAUGGCAACAGUCCCGACACCAAGGACAGCCUUACCACUAUUAAGGAGGAGCCUCACGACCCAUCUACUUCUGGCCUAGUCUUGUCGCCACAAGGAGUGAAGAAAGAGGACCCAGAUGGUGUGCCAACAAUCAAAAAAGAGGAGGAAGAUGAUGGAGAAGGCAAAGGGGGACAAUCGCGUAGCACAGGCGGAGAAUCAGAGGCGAUCAAAGAGCUGCGUGCACAACUCAAAAAAUCUCAGGAUGGGGCCAGGGAACUGAAGCUACUGUUAGACAUGUAUAAAAGUGCCCCAAAGGAACAGCGAGACAAGGUUCAGCUGAUGACAUGUGAAAAGAAGGCACGUCUUGAGCUGGAAGAAGUUAAACAACAAUUAAAGAAAAUGCAGGAGGCUGAACGACGAGAUAGGCGGAAACUUGCUGAAGAUGAGGCGUUGAAAAUCAAGAAAAUGGAGGAGUCAAUAACAGAGCUUCAAAAGAAUCUGACAGCACAGAAGCAGCGGGAGGAAGCCUUGCUGAAUGACCUUGAGGUGACGGGCCAGGCAUUUGAAGACAUGCAGGAGCAGAACUUGCGACUGCUGCAGCAGCUACGAGAAAAGGAUGAUGCCAACUUCAAACUUAUGUCCGAGCGGAUCAAGUCCAAUCAAAUUCAAAAGCUGCUUAAAGAGGAGAAGGAGGUUCUAGACGAACAAGGUCUCACCCUGCAGUCACAAGUGAAGGCACAAAACCAGGUGGUGCGCAGUUUGGAGGAUAAAGAAAGAAUCCUACAGAACAGUCUGGCCAUCAUAGAGAAGGAGCAGAGCCUCACUCAGCAAGCCCUGGAGCUUCACAAGCGUAAAGCAGUGGAGAGCUCACAGACAGCAGCUGACUUGAAGUUGCACCUGGACAAGUACCAGGCACAGCUGAAAGAGGCGCAGAUUGCCGUAGCAGAGAAGACAGGGGCCUUGGACCAAGAGGUGUUCAAGUACAAGCGUGUUCAGGAGGAGGUGGCCAAGUUGCAGAGAAAGCUUGAACGCAGCAAAAAAAUUGAGGCAGCAGGUGCUGCUGAUGAGGUCCUACUGGAGGAGAUCAAAGAGUACAAGGAACAGUUAACGUGUCCAUCAUGCAAGGUUAACAGAAAAGAUGCUGUACUUGUCAAAUGUUUCCAUGUCUUUUGUCUGGAAUGCCUGCGGACCCGCUACGACACACGCCAGCGCAAGUGCCCCAAGUGCAAUGCUGGUUUUGGUGCUAACGAUUUCCACCGCCUGUACUUAACAUGAACUCCUGUGCCAAAAACUGUAUCAACCCCAGGACCUUCUGCAAUCCUGGUUAGCAUGGCGAAGGUUCUGUUAGUUUUGCAACUGCUGUAUGCAGGAGUAAAUCAGACAAAAUUCAGUUGGAACUCAUACUUAUGUGACCAGGAGAGAGGCUUGAUUAAGCUUAUCAUUUUGGUCUGGUGAGAGCAGUCUUCAUGGAGUGCAUAACAGUGUUGCUGCUUUAUGCUGCCAGACUGAAAACAAUAGUUUCAGAACCCAGAACCCUCAUGGGGUUGUUUGGCCCGAAGGACCCACAGUUAUCAAGCUGAUGUUUUUCAAUGUGGAGAGGACUCACACAAUUAUAGUUCCUUUGAUGACAUAAAGGACUUUGGAAGAUGGAAAGGGAAGUAAUUUUUGUUGUGGACACGUUUUGAACUGAAAGCAUGUUUAUUGAAGAUGACAAACAUCUUAAAAUUAUCUGGAAUAUUGUUACUUAUGUUGAGGUAUUGCUCACUUGAAGUGAUAUUUUUUUUCAGCAGGUUAGUCCUUCCUGAAGGAUAUUGGAGAUUUGACCAGUUAGCUUCUUGUUCAGAUUUUAAUUUAAAUGCAAGAAUUUCUGUCUUUCCCAUUUCUUGUUCCAUUUUCUCAUUUCCUAAGAAUGCCUUUUUCUCGUUUUUCACUGUUAUGUGCAGCAGACCUUAAAAAAGAAAUUGUGAAACAUAUCUGGAUACAGAUGUUUGAUGAACAUUAAUGCUGUAUCUGAAUAUUAGGGCAGGGUUGGUCAGGAUUUGUCACCUUUGGACCAUCUUUAAAUUAUUCCACGAUUGACUAUUAUUGUUAUAGUCAUAUGGAUGGGUGUGGUUUGUAUCUGAAUAGAUACUGGCUUUUAGAAAGGUUUAGAUGUAUUCUUUGUUUGAAUGAAACUCUUCUUUCUGUCUUCCCCUGUAGGUAAACAUCUCUUUAUUUACUAAGAUAGGCAUGCUAUAAAGCAUUUCUUUUUUUCUUGGCUUUGUUAUAUAUGUGGUUGUACCAUCAGUUACAUUCAUUGCAUUAUACCCUGGAUUGAUGAGAAGUAAGUUUUGUUAAACAUAAACUGGACCUUGGGAGGGGUAAAGGCCGCCAUUAAUUUCAGGUGUUCUUUGGGUUUGAAAUGGUAAUUUCUGUUUUAACAAUUUUUUUUCAGGCUGUAGUAUGCAAGUUAUUUUCAUGUACUAAACAUGGAAGGAGCUAACAACAUGUAGAGGUAAAAGCGGCAGAUUGCCUUUUAAACUGAGAUUCUUAUUUGAAUGAUGAAAUUUACAGAUGUUUGGUGUUACUUUCCUCUGUUGGAACUUGGUUUAUACCUAUAAUUGUUGAUGAAAAGUUAAGAAAUGCUUAGUAUUCUUUUUUUUUUUCCAUUUGAUGGUUUAAGAAAUGUUCUUUUGAGUCUGAAAGAGAAGAUAGUACUUGCAUUACAGAUAUCUGUGCUUGAGUCAUGUGCUGAUCACAGGAGAUUCAGACUGGAAUUCCUUUGUAGUUGUGUGUUAUGAAUACGGCAUGAUGAGCAUCAAUAUUGUACAAGCUGCCUGUUAAGGUUUGUCUAUAUUGUCAGGAAAAAGUUUUAGCACAUUGUCAUAUGAAGUAUGAAAGUAUAAAGUAUGAAACUUUAUUGUAGGUAUACAGUAUAAUAAUGUUAUUUAAAUGAAUUGUGUUAUGGGCACUUAUGUGUGAUGGCAGGUGUUAUCAGUGUCUUGAAGAGGAAGUGACAGGUGAAUGAGGUUUGUUAUGCAUGGUAUACUGAAACUUAGUGGGAGAAACUUCCACACAGUAAACUGUCUGUCUGAAGAUGAAAUUAAAACAAAAGAAAGACAUGCUGA